CCGUUGUUAUCACCGUUAUUAUCACUGGGAAGUGUCCGUUGCGUGUAGAGAAUCCUCGACAAUCUUGACGAUCUUUUCGAGACGAUAGCUACGUGAUGUUUUGUCGCUAAAAGAUUAUAAACACUUGUCAGACACAUCACAUUCGCCGAAUUUACGUGUGCGUAAUCGUAAGAUUUGAGAAAGUCUUAACUAGUCUCGGUGGGUAAGCAUGGAUGAUGAAACGUUAAAUAGACUGGCAGCUGAAGCAUUAUUGGAAGAAGCUAAACUUGGUGCGCAAAGGGCCAAGAUAAUGGGGCCUAGUGGCUGGGUGAAACCUAAAGAAACCGUUAAUAAAAGGUUUUUGCAUUCGACGCUACGAAACGCAGUAAUAUCCAACAAACAUCGAUCAAAACAAGAAAAAGUGAAAGUCCAACCAUAUAAAAUAGAUACUGUUAAGAAAUCAUAGAUCAUAAUUGUACAGUUCUUGCAUAUUUAUGUAUUAAUAUGUAUUCCUGAGAUAUGUAUUUGUGAAAAUUUUUCAUUUCUCAUUAGGAAAAAUGACAUGUGUAAACAUGUCAAAAUAUUGUUACUAAAUGACUGUAGUUUUCAUUCUAUUACAGUAUAUUCAUGUUAUGAUUAAACUACAUAUUUUUGUAUAAAAUAAAAACAAAUUCUGUAUAACUGUA